GCUGGGGUGGGCUGGGCUGGGCCAGACCUCCCUUACUUGGCGUCGCUAGCUCCUCUCUCUCCAGAUCCUCUCUCUCUGCUGCUGCCUCUGAUGGCAUGGUAUCCUUGUGCUUUCCCUCGGGAAAGCAGUCUGCCAACCGCAACCCGGUACGAAACCCCCUUCCGUGACUCCUCUCUUUUGCUCAUCUACAUCUCAGACUUUAGCCCCUAAAAGAAGCUCAGUUGCUCAGCUGGCUGUGUUUAUCUCUGAGCCAAGAUGGAGUGUGGUGGGACAAGUGGGGUCACAGGCUGGCCUUUGGGAUGUUUCCACAUGUGAGGGGCCCAAGAAGCUCCAGGGGAUGACACGGCGAGGAGGCCAGUGCAGUAGGCCAGGGGCUGAAGCAGGUAGUAGUAUGAAAAAGAAAACAGGCGGGGACUUAGGACAGGCAGCCUCUAGAGUAGUUUUCUCAAGUGCACACUGGAGUCUGGAGAGCUUCCCAAAAACUGGGAUUGGGCCCCCAGAGUGAUUUAACUGGUUUGGGGUGUGGCCCCAAGCUCUGGGAUUUUUCAGGCCCUUCAGGUGAAGGUGCAGCCGGCGUUGUGACCCUCUGCAGGUUACGUGUGGCUUUGGACCCCAGCCCCGGCCCCUCGCUAGCCUUGUGAGUGGGGGCAAGUCACCCAGCCUUCAGUCCCUUAUCUUAAAGCAAAGGUUUCAGUAGAUGGCAUGUUGUGAUGUUAAGGGAAGUAGGCUGCACUCUGGCCCCUGACGCAGCGGCAUGGAGCUGGUCCCGGACACCUCACGCCCACCACUGCAGUACGUGAAGGGGAUCCCUCUCAUCAAGUACUUUGCCGAGGCACUGGGGCCACUGCAGAACUUCCAGGCCCAGUCCGAUGACCUGCUUAUCAGCACCUACCCCAAAUCUGGUAUGGAGGUUCUGAAAGACACACCUGCCCCACGAAUCAUCAAGACGCACUUGCCCCUGGCCCUGCUCCCUCAGACCCUGCUGGAUCAGAAGGUCAAGGUGGUCUAUGUUGCCCGCAACGCAAAGGAUGUGGCUGUCUCCUAUUACCACUUCUACCGCAUGGCCAAGGUGCACCCUGACCCUGACACCUGGGACAGCUUCCUGGAGAAGUUCAUGGCCGGAGAAGUGUCCUACGGGUCCUGGUAUCAGCACGUGCGGGAGUGGUGGGAGCUGAGUCAUACCCACCCUGUUCUCUACCUCUUCUAUGAGGACAUGAAAGAGAACCCUAAAAGGGAAAUUCAGAAGAUCCUGGAGUUUGUGGGGCGCACCCUGCCAGAGGAGACCGUGGAUCUCAUCACCCAGCAAACGUCUUUCAAGGAGAUGAAGAAGAACCCCAUGGCUAACUACACCACCAUACCCCCUGACAUCAUGGAUCACAGCGUUUCGGCCUUCAUGAGGAAAGGCGUCGCGGGGGACUGGAAGACCACCUUCACCGUGGCCCAGAACGAGCGCUUUGACGUCCACUAUGCAGAGAAGAUGGCGGGCUGCAGCCUCCGCUUCCGCACGCACCUGUGAGUGGUGCUCCCCGAGGCACGCCCGCGGCCCCGCUGCUGUGACCCAGCCUGACCCCGGGGUCGAGAAUAAAAUUCUGUUUGUGUUAA